CUCUCUCCGGAUUGUACCAUCGAAGGGAUGAAUUUUAACUUGUGCGAUGAAAGCUCGAGAUGAAUACUUCAUCUCUGACCCACUUAAUAUCUCAGGCUCGGUAAGCGGAGCUCUUUCGUGCUCCAGCCCGCUCCUCCGCUGUGCGCUCCCGGUGCGGCGGGAGCUAUUAGCGGCGCGCCUCGCCUCCCAUCUUCCUCCGCCUGGAUCCGACUCCUCUCUCCAUCUCGCCUCCACACAGAGAGGAGCGGAGGGGAAAGGAGCAGCGGCACACACCGAGACAGCGGCGACGGAAACGGACAAAAUAACUCAAUCGCAGUGCUGAGAAAUCAUCAAGGCUUUCCUGUCUGAGAUUCCCACCUGACGGGCCCUGCAGGAGGCGGUGGACCAUCCCCAGGAGAGCAGAGUUCAGCCUGGCCUUUUACUGAUCCCACACUCCUACCGCUCACCUCCGCUUCACCUUUUCAAUAAAGAACCUCCCCCUCACCCAAGGGCCCUGACUCCAGUCUCCCAGCUCUCCCACACCUCCAUCUUCUCAGCUCUCCCUAAUCAGUCCACCACCAAAACUUCCCUGACUCUGGGCCUCCUCCUUCGUCAUCCCUCCCUGCCUCGGUGAGUCUCCCCUGGGGUGCUGAGGCCAUGGCGGUACCUUCAGCCCACGAGUUUCACUGGCAGAGCCUGGCACGACUGCCCAGCGGCCGCGUCUACCACACUCUGACUGAGGUGGGGGGGCAAAUGUACAUGUUAGGGGGCUGCGACGCUGCAGGGAGGCCCUGCCCUGCCCUGGAGCUCUACUCCCCUGAGGGAGACAGGUGGAUGAGCUUGCCUGCCAUGCCCACCCCGCGUGCUGGGGCAGCCGUGGCAGUGCUGGGCAAACAGAUCCUGGUGGUCGGAGGAGUGGGAGAGGACCAGAGCCCUUUGAAGGUGGUGGAGAUAUACAACACAGAGGAAGGGAGGUGGAGGAAGAGGAGCGCUCUGCGGGAGGCCUUGAUGGGUGUAUCCAUCACUGUGAAAGAUGGCCGAGCCCUGGCUGUGGGGGGAAUGGGUGCUGAUCUACUCCCUCGUAGCAUCCUGCAGCAGUAUGACCUUCGAAAGGACGUGUGGGCGCUACUUCCUCCCAUGCCGACCCCACGCUACGAUGCCAACACACAUCUCCUGGGCAACAAGCUCUACGUGGCAGGUGGUCGCCAGUGUAAGCGACCAGUGAAAGCCUUUGAGGUGUACGAUGCAGAGACGCGAUCUUGGACCACUCUACCUGCCAUGCCUUGUAAACGUUCGUACGGGGGCGUGAUAUGGGACACAACUGGGAGGUUGUGUCUGCUCGGAGGACUGCGGCAGGGAGGAGGGCACCAGAGCUCCAAGUUCACCAAGAACGUCAACAUUUUUGACACCAACCAAGGCGCCUGGUUGAAGUCGGAGGAGACGGUGGCGAUGAAAACGAAGAGAGCUGACUUUGCUGCUGCUUUCCUGCGUGGACGGAUGAUAGUCGCAGGAGGACUUGGUCAUGAGCCGUCUGCACUGGACACAGUGGAGGCCUUUCAUCCUCAGAAGAAGAAGUGGGAGAGGUUGGCUCCAAUGACCUUUCCCCGAUGCUCCACCUCCUCCAUUGUCAUCAGAGACCGCCUCCUAGUGGUGGGAGGAGUUAACCAGGUUCCCAGCUCGGCCCAUGAGAUCCUGUAUGUAAAAGAAGAAGAGUAUCUGUAGCCUGUCGUAACUGACACCAGAUGAAUGCAGCAGAUCAACGAUUCCACUUCCUCUUCUCUGUACGACCCUCCUGAUCAGACUGUAGUGCAAUAUAUAGGAAGCAUUUAAGAAUCUCAGAGAGACGGAGUGUGAGCGACAGUCCCCCGACUUUGUGAUGUAAUGUAACAGACAACACUGCCCCCUGCUGGGCCGUGCUGACACUGAGCCACACAUGUAUGCACAAACAUGCACAAUGGAGGAGCUGGCUCUUUCUUUAUACCGACUUAUGUUUCUUGAUACUUUUAGUAUGUGACACUUCUGUGUUGUACGUUGCAGUGCAUACAUGGAGAAGAAACUAUUUUGUAGCGUAUAUGUCUUGUAAUGUAGACAGAAGACCUAUUUUAUUGCAAAUAUGCAUUUCAUGUUUGGUUUUGUGUCUCUGUUCAUGCGUUUAUUAAUGUGAGCUUGCUAGCAAGUGAGCAUAUGUAGAUAGUGUGAUUUCCUUAUAAGUUAUUAAUUCAGUUUGGUGACAUAACUGCAAUAUUUGUAUAUUAUUUAAUAUUACAUAGCAAAAAAAGCCUCACCAGAAAGUGGGUAAUGUUUGGUUAAACUGUACUGUAACAACAUUUGCACUAAAGCAAUUAACAGUGAGUGAGAGUUGAUUUUAUCAUUAAUAAUUUCUGGUGUAAUGUACUGUAAUAAUUACACUGAGAAUGCUGUACUAUCACCCUGUAACAGUGCACAUUUGUGGAUAUGAAAAUAUGAUUUAAUACAUUGCAUAUAUGAAAAGAGACUGUGUUAAAUGACAGUUUGUUGUUUGUUUUAAUACCAGACAGCUGAUUUAGGCAGGGAAAUGGAUUAGAUCGAUUGAACACAUUUUAUUCCUGCAGCAAUACAAGUUUUCUUUACUCAGUGUUUCAUUAGUGCAACAUGUGCUGUGCUGUAAUAAUCAUCAGUUAACACCUCACACAGGCUGUGAUGUUACAGAUUUGUUUUUGUGACUUCAGAGGUAUUAUGUGUGUUGUCAUUGUAGUCAAAGCCAAACUUGUGUCCCUUUGGCUCAGGCUGUUGUGUAACAGGUGACUAAGCUGUGUAAUAUUUCAUUGUGUUCAUUGUGAUUUUAUUUCAUCCUCAUCCAUCAAUUUCUGAUCCGCCUUACACCCAAUCAUGUUGUGUAAUAUUGAGGAUAUGAGUAGUCAC